AUGAUAGCUGUGAAUAUCAUCACAUGCUUGAGCAGUCAUAUAGUUCAAGAACUGUUAAACACAAUUAACUCAUUUCGAGAUCGUCAUGGUGCAUCGGCUGAAAAUGCGCAGUUAAAUGAUCUAAGGUCCCGAAACGAUGAUCUUACACAGGAAAAUGCCGUUCUACGUCGCGAAUUGUCGAAAAAUCAAGCGAAGACUGAAACAACGACUCCACAAUAUGGACAAGGAGCAACGUUAAGUCAACAAUCGGAGAAGAAUUCAAACGCUUCCAGUUCAAUAAAUGUUCAUCAUCCUUCAUCUACUGCAGAGCCAAGUUCAGACCAAAUGGAGGUCGAGACCGAACGCAAUACAGAUGAUAAUGCAGCACUACGAGUAGAAGUGGCUCAGUAUCGUGACCGCCACGCUCAACUAAUUGAACGUUACAGAAAGCUUAACGAAGAAUUGAAACGAAAACGAAUAAAAUCGUUUGAAGAUCUUGCCAAGCAUGAUCAACAAGCGCUGAAAACUCUUAUAGAACUAGCAAAGCUGACAGAACCCUUACCUAUGGAAGGUAACAAUAUCGGCCUAUUCGGUUUGACCUCAACUGGUAAAUCUACUAUGCUCAACACUUUGAUCGGCAAAACUGUUGCCGAAACAGGUGCUGGUGAAACAACAACCACAAUUACACCACACAAAGGUUCAAAAUUCAUCCUUUGGGAUAUUCCUGGUCGGAAUGACGAAGUCUCUUACUUCAGUAUGGAGUACAUCUCUUUCUUCAAAGGUCUCACACGACGUCUCAUUCUCAUUGGGUCGACGGUGAAAGAAAACUCGAGUUUGAUGAGACUUCUCGAUGAACUUGGACUGAAAUACACAAUCGUGUUCAAUAAGUUCGAUCUGGUGAAAGAUGCCGAGCAAAGCAAGGUGAAGAGCAAGAUUGAAAGUGAAACGAAGGAGCUUGGUCUCAAAGGAGUAGAGAAGAUCUACUUUGUUAGUGCUGAAAUUCCUGAUAUGUUUGAAGAUUGGAAGACUAUGGUUAAUCAUUUAGUGGGUCUCUGA